CGGGACAGCACCGGGGACACCGGGGACAGCACCGGGACACCCGGGGCACCCCGAGGCCAUCGCCAUGGGGCCGCAGGGCCGGUACCACCCUUGGCUGCUGCUGCUGUUGCUGCCGCCGCCCGUGCGAGCCGCGGCCACCGCCCGCCCCAGCUUCGUGCUGGUGCUGGCGGACGAUUUGGGCUACGGUGACCUGGGCAGCUACGGGCACCCUUCGUCCGCCACGCCACAGCUGGACCGGCUGGCGGCCCGCGGGCUGCGCUUCACUGACUUCUACAGCAGCGCCGCCGUCUGCAGCCCCUCCCGAGCCGCUCUCCUGACCGGCCGGCUCCAGGUGCGCUCCGGGAUCUAUCCCGGUGUGUUCGACCCGGGCUCGCGGGGAGGGCUCCCGCUCGCUGAGGUCACCGUGGCCGAGGUGCUGAAGGCUCAGGGCUACGCCACGGCCAUGGUUGGCAAGUGGCACCUGGGCUUUGGCGUGAACGGCUCCUUCCUGCCCGUGCACCAGGGCUUCGAUCACUUCCUGGGCGUGCCCUAUUCCCAUGACCAGCUGAGAGCAUCCAGGUGUGGCCCCUGCCAGAACCUGACCUGUUUCCCACCAGACACCAAGUGUUUUGGGACGUGCGACCAGGGCGUGGUGCCGCUGCCGCUGCUCUGGAACCAGAGCAUCAUUCAGCAGCCCGUCUCCUUCCCCGACCUCGUGCCCCUCUACAACAAAUUCUCCCGGGAUUUCAUCGCUGACUGUGCCCGCCGAGGCCUCCCCUUCCUUCUCUACUAUGCUUCCCAUCAUACCCACUACCCCCAGUUUGCCAGCCAGGAGUUUUCAGGACGGAUGCAGAGGGGACCCUUCGGGGAUGCACUGGCUGAGUUCGAUGGCUCUGUGGGACAGCUCCUGCAGGCCCUGCAGGACAACGGCCUGGAGAACUCCACCCUGGUGUUCUUCACCUCUGACAAUGGCCCCUCCACUCUGCGCAUGGCACAUGGUGGCAGCGCCGGCCACCUCAAAUGUGGCAAGGGCACGACCUACGAGGGUGGCAUGAGGGAGCCAGCCGUGGCUUAUUGGCCAGGCAGGAUCACGCCAGGAGUGACCCAUGAGCUGGCCAGUACCCUGGACAUCCUGCCCACCCUGAGUGCCCUGGCUGGAGCAGCCCUUCCCAAGGUGGCCCUGGAUGGCUUCGACCUGAGCCCGCUGCUCUUUGGCUCGGGGAAGAGCCCUCGCCAGGCCGUGUUCUUCUACCCUCCAUCCCCCGACGCCCUGCACGGCCCCUUCGCCGUCUGCCUGGGCAAGUACAAGGCUCAUUUCUUCACCCAAGGUUCCUUCCAUAGCAGCAGCACCCCGGACCAGGCGCGCCAGGGGCUAACGCCGCUGACCCCGCACUUGCCCCCACUGCUCUUCGACCUGGAGUCGGACCCUGCGGAGAACUACGACCUGCUCCAGGGCCAGGCGAGCCCCGAGGUGCUGCAGGUGCUCAGGGACAUCACCCUGCAGAAAGUGCUGCUGGAGCAGUGCCUGGAAUUCGGGGAGAGCCAGAUCAGGAAGGGCCGGGACCCCUCGCUGCAGCCCUGCUGUGCCCCCAACUGCAGCCCCAAACCUUCCUGCUGCCGCUGCUCCCCGCAUUGACACCCCCAAACCUUCCUGCCCCCAUCCCAAAUCACCUCGCUCAGCCUCAGAGCUGCCCCACAGCUCGGGGGGACCCCUUGGAGUGACGCGGAGCUGGGGUGAAAUGGUGUCAGGGGACCCCAAAUGCACUGGGAAGUGAGAGCAGGGCCCUGUGCUCCGUGUGGGACAUUCCUGGUGAGGCCUUGGGCAGGAUCCUGGCUUGUUCCAGGAGGAGAGAUCAUGCUCCAGCUCCUUCUCCAGAACCAGGACAGCUCCUGGGAGCCACAAUCCCACUGGACCAGAGGGCAUGUCCCAGAUCCAGGGGUCCCCAUCCUGAGGGCAUACUGGGGGCAGUGGGAUGGGGCAGCUCAGAGCCAGGAGCUGGUGACACAGGGGACAGCCCUGGGUGACAGCAUCAACUCAGGGUGGCACUUCCACCAGUUCCACAGGACUCCAGGACUCGCAGCUCCAGCUGCCCCCAUUCCUGUCCCUCUCAAUGACUUUUCCUGGGAUUGGGACGCUUGAAGCUCUGCUGGAGGAGUCCUGGGCUGGAGAAGUUUCUUCCUCUCUCCAUCUGCCAGUCCCAUCCUCCCCUCCCCUCCCCAGCUCCCCCUCAUCUCCCCCCAAACCAGGCCCAACCCCACUCAUUUUCCAAAAUCCUUGUUUUUCCCAGGAGACUGAACUGGACUGAAAAUGUGGAGAAUGGGUGUCCUGAUUUUGGCCACAGGAAUCAUUUUUACCCAGUACCUGGGAGUGGGUCAUGUCCAGGACCCCAAUGUCAUUGCCAGGGGCAAGGGACUCUCACUUCCACAGACAAGGGCAUUAUUUCCAGUGGGAAUAAAAGUGGGUGUUGUCACAGGUUUUCCAUGUAAAUCACUGCUUUGUCUUACUAAUAAUGUGUAAUUAAUUUCUUAUUAGUACUUCUGUAAAUAAUGGUUGGAUUCCUUAUGUCAUGGCUGUUUCCAGUAAAUUGUUUUCUAACUGCAGUAAAUCGUUUUUAACCGCU